AUGGGUACCGAACUCCUUUCCGCUGCACGCGAUGUCGACGGCAAGAAAGCAGGUGCUGCAGCAGGCAGCAAAUUUGGGUCUUCAGAACCCGGGUCUGAAAAGACUUUGGUAAAAAAGACGUUUCCCCACAGACCGCAGCCGCUUGGUCGCCACCCGCGGUAUCCCCAUAGCAAAUCCGGGAAGGUGUUGCGUAAGGCAAAUUACUUGCAGCGUCUCCGCGUUGUCGAAGGCGCCGGCCGCACCCCCAGCGUUGAGCCGUUCGACAAAAUCAUUCUUUCAUUCGACUUCUACCGGGACAUUCACGACGAGAAGUGCCGCAGAAAAGAGACGAGCUCUGCUGCCCCCACCCCCGCUUCCCGAUCUUCAGUUGCCAAAACCGGUGACGCUUCGCAGACAACCGGAAAGGAAUCGGUCCUUGAACCCGAACAACGCGGCGGCGGACACUCGACAUCCCAGCCGCACGUCCAAGACGAACCUGCGGAGGGCGAAACGGGCGAAGCCUCGGGAGAUGUCGGUUCUGCGUGUGUGCGCGAAGAGGGCCCUGCGUCGACGCCCGAUUGCAGUGCAAGUGACCAACCAGGUCCAAGUCUUUCUCGAGCGUCAGAGGAUGACUCGGAAGACGAAGACAGCGACGACGAAUUUGGAGUCUCGAAGUUACGGACUGUACCGACGUACUUCAACUCCGCAGAAGAUUACGUCAACACAUUCUUUCCUCUCUUCAUUCAAGAAGCGAAGCAGUCCAUUCACCGGGCGAAAAAGAUGGAAAUGAGCAAGGCUGAACGCUUUAUCCAGGUUAGCGGUGAGCCGCAAGGCGACUUCAUCUACCUCACGCUCGAACGGGCGCAGAUGCUCAGCCCUCACUCCAGUCACUACUGCCACAACGAUCUCGUUGUACUCUACAUUCCUGAGGAGCAGAACCGCCAGUCGGAUCUGUCCAGCGCCUCGACAGCGCCGCGCCUUUCUCUCGCGCCGUCGUCGGGGAGUCAGGCUCUGCGGGCGGAGGAGGAAACGAAGGCCGGGGUGUCCGUACAGGAGCUCUUUGGCCCGGAGGACACGUCGACGAUGAAGCCUGAGGACACCGAGUUGCAGCUGGAACAGGCCAGCAGGGAACGAGGCGACGCGAGCCAUGACCUCAGCACGGUUCACAAGGUUCACAUGCUCGGCGUCGUCCAUCAGUCGCUACGGAGCACCCUGGUUGUGAAGAUUUUGAUGCCGCUUCUGUCUCACCCCGAGGAGACGGACGGGUCUUCUUGUGAGUCCCCGGACGAAGGCACAGGCCACAGGAACGGGCGAAGAAGGCCUUUGAGCGGGUCGGAGCAGGACAAGGACGGCCCGAACAGCGACGACGACGACGUUGCGGAUGCAGAAAUCGAGCGACGCAAGACACGCGAGGCGCUUCGACGAGCGAGAAGGCAACAGCGACGGAAGGCCAGGCGCGAGAGAAUUCUCGCGUUGACUGAGGCCCUCAAUGAUUCGCAAACGCCGUGGCGAGUAUGCAGAGUUAUGGGUCUCACUACGCUCCAUCGAGAGUUCCAGGGUUUAAUGUCGGUCCCCGAUCUCCUUAUCAAGAAACAAAUUCUGUGUCCGAGCCGUGGAGCUCUCGGGUCGUUGACCGCGCCGCUGCAGAAUCCCCUGCUGGAAGAUGUGGCAGCACAAGACGCUUCUGAGUCACGGCCGGGCGACGGUGAUCACUCUGGAGAUGAAGGUGUCGGUGGCUUCCCGUCGACAGCGGCGUCGAAGGACCGAGACAACGCAGAACAGGCGAACGACGAUGCAUCGGCUCUUUCGACUCGCCAGAAGCUGUUUAUCUCCUCGAAGCUGCGGGAGUCCCUCCACCAACUGUAUAACACCAGCCAACUGGAUGCCUUGAACGACUGCUUGAAGAUCCAAGGCGUGACGCUUAUCCAAGGCCCUCCCGGGACAGGGAAGACGACGACCAUUAUGGCGGUGAUAUCUGUCGUUUUGAAUGCCCAGAUGGAGAGCAACGACAGAAGCGCAGUUGGGGUGAACACGGCGGCCAAAGCCCCGGGAGCAGACGAAGUCGAGGCGAGCGCAGCCGGGGGUAGCCUUGGAAAUUGCGGGCAAUGCGCAAAGCUUGACGAAACAGAAGAGGAAAGAGCAAAACGACGGGAGGCCGAAGAGUUAGAAAUCAAGAAGUGCCUGGCACGCGCUCAGCCCUGGCUCUCUGCCAGGGAGUACGUUCCAUGGAUGGACGAGGUCGUCUGCAUGACUGAAGACUUGGAAGGCAGCGACGCCAACUGGAGUGCCUCAGCCACGGCGAAUGGAGUCAGCGAUUCCCAGCGGGUUUUCCUUGACAAAGGAAGAAAUGCGCUGCUGCCCAACCGCGUGCUCGUGUGCGCGCCUUCGAAUGCCGCCAUCGAUGAAAUUUUGAAGCGUCUCGUGGCGGAGCCCAGCAAGGGAGGCGGCAUUUUCGAUUCACAAGGCAAACGCUACACUCCCUCAGUUGUUCGCGUCGGUCCGAACGUCCACCCAGACUUGGUUCACUACAGUCUGGAGUAUAAGGCGAAUCAGCUGAUGAAGGCGAAAGGCGCCACACAUUUCUCGGCACUUGCGGCAAUCAAGGCCGAAAUUCUUCAGGAAAGCCGCAUCGUAUGCGCCACGCUCUCAGUCUGUGGCUGCCGAGACAUCGCCGCCGCCACGGAGGCCUUCGACACGGUUGUCAUUGACGAGGCUUCUCAAGGAGUGGAGAUGUCGACACUCAUUCCGUUGCGGCUCGGCUGCCGGCGGCUCAUCCUUGUUGGUGAUCCUCGGCAGUUGCCUGCAACGAUUUUCUCGCGGGUGGCCAUUCAACAUCGGUAUGAUCAGUCGCUCUUCCAACGCCUUGAGGCGGCUGGGCAUAAAGUCAACAUGCUCAGUGUGCAGUACCGCAUGCAUCCAUGCAUCAGCAAAUUUGCGAGUAGCACCUUCUACCAAAACCAGCUUCAAGAUGCGGAAAACAUUGUCGGUCUUGUUCGCCCGCCAAUCCCGUGGUAUUCGAUUCCGAUUUUCAAGCCCCUGGUGUUCUUCGCCAUUAACACGAGUCACACGGAGGAGAACACCUCUCUUGUCAACGUGGAUGAGGCGAACUUCGUCUGUCAGCUGGUCGACCUGCUGAAACGCAUCUUCGUUGCGCUAGGCCAGACGGACUGGGAAGGAAAGGUAGCGGUGAUCAGUCCGUAUGCGCAGCAGGUGUCGUUGCUCCGACAGCGCAUCAAGGCACAGCUAAGGAUAACCGACAAUAAACCCUGCCCGAUCGAUGUCAAUACAGUUGAUGGAUUCCAGGGACAAGAGAAGGAUCUGAUUAUCUUCUCUGCGGUUCGCGCACAAUAUACGAGCCCGACGACUGCUGCAACAAAAUUAGACACGUCAAUAGGUUUUUUGGCUGACGAAAGGCGUAUCAACGUCGCCCUGACGAGAGGACGUACAAACCUGUGGAUCGUAGGCAACGGGCGCUUUUUGAUGAGCAACCACCAUUGGCGGUGCCUAUGGAAGUACACGAAGGAGCUUGGCACAUUAAUUUCGAUUGAAGAAAAAUUCAUGAAGACGGAGCUUCUGCUUGCUAAGUGGCUGCUGAAGUUCACCAACAAACACCCGGCGGAGAAAAAUAUGCUGGACGAGCAGGUGCCGACUUUCCUGCCCGCUCUGGAGACGGAUGUCAAGGAGUGCGCAGCAGCCAGGAAGGCAAGAAAAGUCUCCACCGAGGACGUGACUUCAGUCUCUCCAGGAAACGAGUGA